UGAUCGACCGACAAAUGAAUGCCAGCCCCAGGCCAAUUCCUCCCGCGUAAAUCAAGCGCUCACCGUAUAGCUUGCAUAGCGCUCUACCGCGCUCUUCUCAAGCAAUGUCCACACAUACCUCUACCUGAUGACGUGCCUUUACGAGGGAACACGAACCCAAUAACACACUUCAUCCAGAAGGCGUUCAGGAAGAAUGUGUAUCACACGAGUCCGAAACUGGUUGUGACAGCACUGGAAACAGGUUAUGCCGCUUGUUCCCUCCUCCACCAUGCCGCGACCUCAUCUCCCGAGUCUCCAAAUCCUUCCCUCCUCCAAGUCCAUGACCUCCUCCGAGCUCAAUCUAAUUCUUACGUCGCUUCUAAACUCGCAUGUCCACCUAAACCACCACCCGGUCGCCCAGCUAGCAAAGCCUACCCCGGCGCCCCCAAAGCUGUCGACAUUCGACCUCUCCCCAAAGAGAAAUUAACUGGCAGAAGACAUGUCCCAAAAUUAGUAGCAGUCCAUGGCAUAUUCCCCUUCUUGCGCUUCAGAAAACCACAAUCUGCAUAUCUGAGCCGAGUCUUGACGCAGAAAGUGAAGAGGAAGCUAAGGAGGUUUGAAAGGCUUGCUGAGAUGGAGGGGGCGAAGGAGAUGGGUGAGUGGGAAGAUGUUUGGGAAGACACUGUCAGCAGUGUUGGUCAUUUAAAGAACGAGUCGAGGAGAGACUCGGAGUGGGAGGAUGGGGAGAAGGGUGUGGAGAAAGGGGACUAUAAGCCUUUCAAGCUGGAUUCACAGUCUUGGGGUGAAGCGCCACAUUAUGCGAGGCUGGCUACGUGGAGUGCGCUUGCGAAGGAGGGAGCAAGGGCUAGACGGUUGGGGAGUAAGAUGCUGGAGAUAAUUGAUCAAGAACAAAAGUUGUGGGAGGAGGAGAGGAGAGAGAGAAGGCAUUUAAAGAAUCUGGAGAGGAAAAGAAGGAAGCUGGAGAGUCUUGCCCAAGAGGGAAAGAGCAAGAACAGCUCGUUCUAACUCUCCUUGUUGAAUAUAGUGGUAUAGCAAGCUGUAAAAACACGUUGGUUAGUCACUGUAUAUUCAUAAGACGCAAAAUGGGUAAUCAUAG